AGAUUAGUCGCUGACCAUGUGUCUCUGUCCUUAUUGUGACUUAAUACAUAUCACACGAUCUUAUAGAUACUAUUGAAAGCUGGCUCGCAGAUAGGGGCAAAAAAAACUUUUUUUAUACUAAACGUGUAUUUUUUAUUAUUAGAAGUAUUAUUUAUAGAUAUAUAUAAAGGGCGUAUACAUCAGAUAUGCAAAUGAAAUACAAAAAAUUACCAAUACAGGCAAGUCUGGACUGAAAUUCUAAAUAGGCCCUGGCGUUUUAAAUAUACAAAGGCCCAAAAAGCACCACAAAGGUCCAAUAUAAACACUGGCCUUUGGCAUUAGCUGCACUUUCCAGAUUGCAAGUUUGUGCCUUGAUAACGCCCUGUCUCUGUAGAGUCUGCUGCCCCUGUAUUUGCACAUUAGUUGGACCUGGUUAUAAAAAGCACAUACUUGUCGUUUCUGCAGAGAGAUCUCUAUACAGCCCAUAUGAGCUCCAUAGCCCCACAGACACCUGCUCGUUACUUAAUUAAAUCAGAACACUCCAAUCUGCAGCUGGGUGCUCUCUCCCAGGCACGGGAGAAACACAGGAUCACUGGGAGAGAUUCUGAGACACAACUCGGAAUCUAUCAAUUUCUUAUGUUUGAGUUGGUCGCUGUCUCAAUGCUGAGAUGUCCCGGACACUUCCCGUGCAGAUGCACCUGACCUACAGUGACCUGGCAGUGUACUUUUCAGAGGAAGAAUGGAACGAUCUGGAAGGUUGGCAGAAGGAGAUGUACAAAGAAGUCAUGAGAGACAACUACGAGAAUCUCCACUCUCUUGGAAUUCAGGUCCCCAAACCAGAUGUGUUCCUGAAGUUCCAUAAAGGAAAAAAAGAUGUCCGGGAAGCCAUCUUACCUGAUGCGGGAUCAACCAAUGAGAAACAAGUUGGACCUAAACUACAGCCAAUCGUCUUGCAGCCCCAGGACCUUAUUAUGGAAUCUAAGGAAAAGACUUCUGAAGGCAAAUCUCAAAUGUGUCGAAAGUGUGGUGACCUAGAAGACUGCCUCUGUUAUGUGUAUAAAAGCAACUCAAAGAAACCAUACAGCUGUAUAGACUGUGGCAAGUCCUACCGAAAACACUCACUGCUUAUCGUGCACCAAAGGAGCCACUUCAAAGGCCAAGCCUACAAAUGUGAGUAUUGUGAGAAGAGUUUCCUAAAGCCGUCCCACUUACAGAGACACCUGAAGACCCAUCAGAAGUACAAGUGUCCUGAGUGUGAGGAAUGCUUCAGAAACUUGACUCUGUUUUAUAAACAUGUGAAAUCACAGCACAAAGGGAGAGGAUACAGGUGCCACACAUGUCAAGAGGUCUUCCAGUUCCGAGCAGAUGUUAUUAAGCACCAAGGAUCCCACAAGACUGUUCAUCAGUGCGAACAAUGUAUGGCAGUCUACACAAGACUUGGUUUUUUGCAGAAACACAUGAGCAGUCAUUUUCCUCAAAUAACCAAGAGUCAUGGUACCUGCAGCUCAGAGAAUGGUGAUAUUCAGAAGUUCUCUCAUACAACUACUAGUCAUGGUAGAUCCAUCUCUGAAAAUCUUCAUAGUCCUGUAUCCAUCUCUGAAAAUAGAAAGUCUCAUACAUUCCCUCAAACAACCUCCAGCCAUGGUAGCUCCAGCUUAGAGAAUAUAAAGAUUCAUGGGUUCCCUCAAACAACCACCGGUCAUGGUACCUUCAGCUCAGAAAAUGAAAAGACUCAGAUGUUACCUCAAACAACCACCAGUCAUGGUAGCUACUCAGAGAAUAGAAAGACGCAAACAUCCCCUCAAACAACAACUCAAGGCAGCUCCAGCUCAGAAAUUGAAAAGUUUAAGGAAUUCCCUCAAACAACCACCGGCCAAGGUAUCUUUAGCUCAGAAACUCUGACUCGGAAGUUCCUACAUCGGGAAGAGAAGAACCAGAAAAUAAGAGGCAGGAAAGGUUCUCUAAGUUCCAAUCAUGUACACGAGGUUAAGCAAAAUAGGCCAUUGAAAAAAGAAGUUCUAAAGCGUAUAGUGGGCACAUUUUCUUUUGACCAGGCAUUAAGGAACUUUAAAACAAAAGCCAAGAUUUCUAGACAAACCAUAACUUCCGAGGAACUCCCACAGACACCACAGUCCCAACACUGGAAGACAAUGAAGAACACAAACCCUAAGCAGCAGGUGAUCCAAAAUACAAAGAGGAACGUGAUUGCACCCUCUGCGUUUUCACCACACAAAGUGGGGCUCAUGCCCCAGCCAAUGGCUCCUACCUCAAAAAACAUAUUAUUGCCGUUAAAACCUAACACGUAUGUUGAAAAGGCAGAACUAUUUAGCUGUAAAAAGUGCAAAAAGCGCUACAGGCACCGUAAAUCGUUAUUUCGGCACAAGAAAUCUCACACGCAGAGGUAUAUGUGCCACACGUGCGGCGAGACUUUCCCUAGACUGGUUCUUGUGUAUCUUCAUAGGAUGGUGCACACUGAGAAAAAACGCUACAACUGCAGGUUCUGCAUGAAACGCUUUAGCAUCAGGUCCCUUCUUCUCCUCCAUCGGAAGACUCAUAGGCCCUGGAAACCCGACCUGCUGCUUAACGUCGGGCAAGAAGAUCUGGUUGAAAACACAGAUAAUAAAUGUCAUGGACAGAUGUUCUCUCAGUCUUCUGGCUUCACCCUGAAGCAGUUAAACGCUAUGGAGAAUGAGGUCCCCAUGCAUUUAAAAGAACCCCAUUUAUUAGUGGAACAUUCUUAUAACUGCACACCUGCCCCGGUUCCCUGUUGUAUGACCAUUGGCACAAGGCCCCUGCAAGAGACUUGCAAGUGUAGGGACUACGUGAAAAAGAUUUGUUACAGAGCUUAUGAUUCCAGAGACAGUAAUUAAAAUCUUUUUUUUUUUUUUUUCAACCGUUCAGCCCCCCUCUCCAGUUCAUACAGAAAAUCAUUUUUAAAUGUUUCUAAAGUUGCAGACGUGGCAAAUAAAUGUGUUUCACAGA